CAAAUACCACAAUUUUGAGAGACAUCUUUCUUCUUCGGCGACCAAAUUCCCAAUUUUUCCCGACCUCGAUCAGUUCUCUGCAACUAUCCGAUUCAAAAUCAAAAGAAGAAUAAAGAGAAAUGUUGCUGGCUGUGUUGAUUGCUAACUCCGAGGGGAACAUUCUCGUCGAACGAUUUAAUGGUGUCCCAGCAGAAGAGCGUUUGCAUUGGCGGUCUUUCCUAGUUAAGCUGGGUGCAGAUAAUCUUAAAGGCACAAAGAAUGAAGAGCUUCUUGUUGCUUGUCACAAAUCAGUUUAUAUUGUGUACACGGUGCUGGGGGAUGUCAGCAUUUUUGUUGUUGGCAAGGAUGAGUAUGAUGAACUUGCCUUAUCUGAAGCAAUCUUCGUCAUAACAUCGGGCAUUAAGGAUGUGUGUGGAAAACCUCCAACCGAGCGCCUUUUCUUGGACAAGUAUGGAAAGAUUUGCCUAUGCCUGGAUGAGAUUGUGUGGAAGGGGCUGCUGGAAAAUACUGAGAAAGAAAGAAUCAAACGACUCAUAAGGUUGAAGCCCCCUGUCGAGUUCUGAGCAAUGAUUAUCGCAUUCUCCCUUGUUCGUGAAUCCAGCCACCACAACCGCGGCAUACAUAUGUUGUAUAACUUCAGGAAUGAGUAUCUACAAGUUGAUUGAUAUGCACAGUACUUUUGCUUGUGACAUUGUUACCAGUUCUAAAUUACAGCCACUUCUGUACUACUGUACUUAAUGCAAAUGCUCUGGCUUAUCAUUUUGAAUUUGACUUGGUAUCCAGAAAGGCAGAAAACAAUGUAUUAAAUUCUUUUAAGAAUAAAAUAAGAAUUUAGUAGCGUCA